GUGCUACCGCACCGGGAAGCGCUCCCCUCCCGCCCGCAGGGGGGCAGGUCGAGGUGGCCGCGGGGAUCGACGUCCCGGGACUCCAAUGGAGCAGAGGGUGCUCGCUGCUUGCUGACUUGUGGGGGCUCCUUGGAAAGCGGUUGACAACCGGGACUCGAGGGCCACGGAGUCCCCAAGCUGUGCGCGAGCUCUGAGCCGGGGGAGGGUCCUCCACAGAAUCUCUGCCCGCACCUUGUCCUACCGGGAGUCAUUACUUGGCCCGAGACGCCUUGGGGUGGGAAGGACGGUUCUCACUGGCCUCUGAUUUGGCAUCCUGAAGAGUUUGAGUUGGCGACUCUUCAAACAGGAAGUUACUGUGGUGGGACAGGGCCAGGACUUUCUUAGGGAACACCUGAAGUGCUGAAGCCCCGUCGCCAGGCCUCAAGCCUAGCUACUGAGAAGAUGGUGGACCACUUGGCAAACACAGAGAUCAACAGCCAGCGGAUCGCAGCGGUGGAGAGCUGUUUCGGGGCGUCGGGGCAGCCGCUGGCCCUUCCGGGCCGUGUGCUCCUGGGCGAGGGGGUGCUGACCAAGGAGUGCCGCAAGAAGGCCAAGCCACGCAUCUUCUUCCUCUUCAAUGACAUCCUGGUGUACGGCAGUAUCGUGCUUAGCAAACGCAAGUACCGCAGCCAGCAUAUUAUCCCCCUGGAAGAGGUAACAUUGGAGACCCUGCCAGAGACCCUGCAGGCCAAGAACCGCUGGAUGAUCAAGACAGCCAAGAAGUCCUUUGUGGUGUCGGCGGCCUCCACCACGGAGCGCCAGGAGUGGAUCAGCCACAUCGAAGAGUGUGUACGGAGGCAGCUGUUGGCCACGGGCCGCCAGCCCACCACUGAGCACGCAGCGCCAUGGAUCCCUGACAAGGCCACGGACAUCUGCAUGCGUUGCACACAGACACGCUUCUCGGCACUCACCCGGCGUCACCACUGCCGCAAAUGUGGGUUUGUGGUCUGUGCUGAGUGUUCCAAGGAGCGUUUCCUGCUGCCGCGUCUCUCCCCCAAACCCCUCCGUGUCUGCAGCCUCUGCUACCGAGAGCUAGCUGCGCAGAAGCGGAGCGAGGAGGCCAAGGAGAGGUACGGGGACUCUCCUGGACAGCCAACCCAUCUAGGCGGCGCCGUCUGUGGGGCGUCCAGUGGUGAUGACGAUGACUCCGAUGAGGACAGAGAAGGUGACUGGCCCAGCCAGGUGGAGUUCUACGCUUCUGGUGUCUCCUGGUCAGCCUUCCACAGUUGACCCUCACCUUCAGAGUUUCUGCAUCAAGCCAGUCCACUGCCCAGGGCUCCAAGUGUGCAGGUCCUGAACUCUGACUUUUGCUGGGACCCCUGCCCAUGGUAGUGGGCCUGUGACAGGUGGCUGUUCCGGAGCCAUUACCAGUGCCUUUCUGCUAGACAGCAACCUCCUACCCUCUUCUACUUCUGGUCAGAUAAUGGUCUUUCCACUUCACAAGGCCCAGAACAUGGAGCCCUUGGUGACCAGGCUACAACUACAGCCCUUAGGGUUAGACCAGGCCAGGUGUCCCAAGCAUUAAAAGACCAGGGUUGAAGAGAGCAAAGGGAAGACCAAACCAGAGCUGGCGUCCACUCCACUCUGAAGCUUGAGCUUCAGACCCCGUUCCCACCUCUGCCCCUUAACACGCUCAGCCAUGCCAGAGCAGGAAGCCUGUCCACUUUCCACCAUGCGGAUAGCACCACCUGGCCACCUGGUCCUGCCAAGCUGGACCCCAGAUGCACUGUGUGUGCCCCUUGAGCUCCCCCAACCCAGGGCCACCCAUCAAGUCUCAUCUGGUGCCUGCUUGUCCUGCCCCAUCUCUAUCUGCAGUCAGUAGAAGUGAUGUCUUUCCUUAGGACUCUGGUUUCAAGGGCAUAAACCCUAUCCAGACUGACUCACCAAUAAAAAAAAGAAAAAGAAAAAAAAAGGCAAACAAACAAAUCUUGAUUGCUAAUUCUAAGAGUUCCCUAGCUUCAGACACUGCUCAACCGAGGGACUAGGGACAACCAUCACUGAUACUGCCACUCUGGGCAUCCCUGGAAAUGCCUCCUACCCAGUGAGACAUUCAUGCCACACUGUGUCUAGCUGCCCAAGAACAAAGCCCCAUUCUGUUAUUCUGAUAGCCUGCCUGCCUGCCUGCCUUCCUUUUCUUUUGAGACAGGGACUUGCUAUGUAGGGCUGAUUCAAACUUGAGAUCCUUUGGCCUCAGCCUCCCCGGUGCUGGGAUUACCAGCAUGUACCACUCCACCUGGUUUAUUGGUGUGAGCUACCUAAUGGGUGGUAAAGGAAACUAGGUAUUUGUCUGGCUCAGCCUGAUCCUUCUGGAAUGAAAAGACUCGCCUGUGUAGUCUCUGGCUCAGCCCUGGCAGACGAUACCUAUGAUUUGGAGAGCGAGCCGCUAGCUUUCUGUGUAGACGAGAGAGCUUCACAGGGCCCUUCGGAAGCUAUCUUUAAAGCUCUGCAUGGCAAUUCAUGCCUGUGAUUCCAGGGCUCAGAGAGCCAGGAUUGUGAGUCUGAGGCCAGCCCCAGCUACCUAAAAACCCUGUCUUGAGAAACCAUGCUUUCCCCGACUACUUAUGACUUAGUGCCUGACUGUCCUUGAAUGGAGUCCCUGUGUGUAGAGUGUGCUCACUGUCAGCUGUAUGUGGGACUUUGGAGCUAAGAAAGCUUCCUCCAACUCUCGUACAGUGAAUCCCUAUUAUCAGCAUUCUCCCUUCCACCCAGUACAAUAUUGUCUUUGUCCAUGUUCUGAUUCUGUAGGUUAGGUUCAGAUUCCAAAGCCUGCAGUUGACAGAUGUGGUCACUCUUCAAAGAGUGCUGGAGGGGUAGACUAUGGAGCACCGAGGAGCUGCCUGUGACCCCUCCUGUCCUGGCAGUGACAGCUGGGAAGGACUGGAAAUGUGUUUGUUUGCAGUGACAGGCUGGGAAGGACUGGGGAUGUGUUUGUUUGCAGUGACAGGCUGGGAAGGACUGGGGAUGUGUUUGUUUGUGGUGACAGGCUGGGAAGGACUGGGGAUGUGUUUGUUUGCUGCCCUUUCACUUUGUGGCCUCUGUCAGCCACACAGACUUGGUCAGGCUGCUUCUCCUGUUUGGGCACAGGGCCAGGCAGGUUCCUAGGUGAAGAGCAGCUUCCUGAAGCUAGACCUGGUGUCUUCUCGGAAGUCCAGACAAGGCAGCCCCAUCCCUUCCACCCGUGGCUGGUGACUCACAAACCUCACUCCCUUGGAACCUUGCUUUCCUGGAAAAUCAGCAGUUCCCGUAGACACACAGAACUGCCUGCUGAGCCUGGACAUAGCCGCUGUCCUCAGCCACCUGACGGACGAGCAUGGUGGUGGGAACUGGGUGGUUGAGGCAGGCUGUGGAGGGCCGUGUGGCACUGUGGAAAGCAGAGAAAAGAGCUGGUUCGUCCCUCAGGCCAGCUCCCUCUCCCAUAGACCUAGGACGGGGAUGUUACUUUCCUAAGCCCCCAAAUGUUGGAGUCCACAAGGGCCCCAGGUGGUCAGCACUCUUGGGAAGGUCUUCAUUGAUGCUAAGCUGCUGAGACUUGCCGUGUUGCCUGCCAGAUGCUGGGGACACUGCUGUGAAUAAGAUGGAUUUGGCUCGCACUUGAGAGGGGAGACUAGAGGUUGGCACUAGGUAUUCAGGGACACACUCUGGGUGAAGAGAAUGAGCCAGCCAAUAGCGAGACAGCACUCGAGUUAUUGGCAAUGACUAGGGUCAAGACCCUGAAGAGGGAGGGGUCCAUGUGUCCUGGAGAAACAUGAUGGGGUCAAGACAAACGAUAAGAGAUCCCCCACGCAGGACCACAGAGACUUCCACAGGCAGCAGUCUGUGCUCUGAUGGCUUUGCAGUGUGACUUGUCCGCAGAUGGCUAGAAAGUGUGGCCAGAAGCCAGCCUGGGGAUAUCCAAAAGAGGGUAAUCUAUCAAAAGUCCGUCCUCUCUGCUCUUUCUGCUGUUGGUGGUGGUACACUUUCAUGUCCUCCCUUCUGCCCAAUUCUUCUACUGAGAUACUGAGGGAGCUCCCAACAGCCAAAUGACUGCUGGGACUCUUGUGUGAGACCAAGUGACACCCAAUAUCCCCCACUGCUGAAGCGUAGAGGGGAACAAACUACAGGAAUGAAAUCCUCGAAAUAAGAUGUGUAAGGAAACAAUAUGCCGAGCCUGUGUGGAAGAGGAGACCUGUGCCCUGGUCGCUAUAGCCGUCAUUGUACAGGCUCCUCAGCAAACAAAACAUCUGGGGGUGACCCUGUUCAAUCUGGGUGGUCAGCAUAUACUUGGGUACCAUGAUUAUCCUAGCGAUAGUCACAACAGCCGAUAUGGAGCUAGCCUGGGUGUCCAUCAGCACAUGAACAGAUAAAGACAAUGUCAUGUACACUGGAGAUCUAUCCAGACACCAAGGAGAAGGACAUUGUGUCAUUUUCAGAGAAAUGGGUGGAACUGGAGAUUGCCAUGUGGAACCAAACAAGCCAGACUCAAAGAUUGCAUGUUUUCUCUCACAGGCGGCGUCUUAAUUUUUUUAAGGAAAAGAUAUGAAUGUAGAAGGUACUAUUUAAGAAGAGAGGGGGGGUGAAUAUGAUCAAAGUGUUUAAUAAGGAUGUGUAAAUGUAACAAAACAAAAGAAAAAAAAAAGCUAGCAUGUGCCCAUAGAACAGAGCCUGGGAAGUGAAGGAACCGUGGGGGAGAUCGUCCUCAGUCCCUUACUGAGGCACCGUGGUCAGCCAGGCUGGGAUCCAGGCUUGCAAGCAUGCUAUUGAAGCUGUUCUCAGCUAAGGUGCUGAAUCAAGGCUAUACUGCUGACCUUUGCCCCUGGCCGCCGGCCUACCCAGGAAUUCAGGGGUUCUCAGAAUGGAUUUAAGCACCUCAGCUCUUUGCCAGUGUCUUAUUUACCCAGUACUGAACUGAAGGCCAACAGGAUUUGAGAGCUAUGUCUGAUGGGUUGGGGCCAGGCUUCACUCUCUUGCCCGUGGCUCUGUUCACAAGGCCUGGCAAGGGCUCAGGAACCCACUGUCCUGCCAGCUGAGUCUCCCUGGAAUGUGUCCUCCCAGCUGUGUGAAUACUGUCCCUGCCAGGAACAUGUGAUCCUCUGGCAGCAUUUGGUCCUUGGGAGGGGGUCUGCCUUGCUCUUCCUGGAAAUCAAGAGAGAGAGAGAGACAAGGGAGCUCUGAGGCCAGGACCUUGCAGUGUGGGAACUUGCGCCUCAGCAUUGUCUGAGGCAGCUGUGCAGAGUCCAGCCCGAUGGAGUUCUGAGGCAGGCGGCAGGUUGCAGCUGGGGCCCAGUGCAUCAGAAACAGGCUGCUCUUGCAGUUCAAUGGGGUCCAAUCUUUGCACAGGAUUCAGAUACCAGGAGAGGUCGUGCAAGGGACAUGGUUAGGGAUCCUAGCCUGCGCACUGGCCAUGGGACUUCUAGGUGGCACAUUUUCUCAAAGGAGAACUUUGCCACUUACAGAGAACUAAUGACAUCCAAGUGCAGUCUGCCCAGCUGGGGAGGAAGGCAGGGGAUCCCGGGCCCCCAGGAAUGUUGUCCCUGUGAUGAGGGUGAAUGCUGGUGCCUGCUUACUAAGGUCUAUCUGUGCUUGAUGCCGAGACAAAGGGAGGUCACACAAAGUCUUCUUGAGGCUCAAAGAAGAUGGCCUAAAAGGCUUCCUGGGAAAGGAGGCAUUUGUUGGCACCUCAGAAUGAGGGGCCUCAGCAGGCUUUCUCUUGGUAUCCCUGAGGACUGGGUUACCGAUUCUUAGCUAUUCUGUUAAAUUUUCUUUUUAAAAUUUCUUUAAAUUAAAUAACAUGGUUGGGCAUAGUGGCAUAUACCUUUAAUCCAAGCACUUGGGAAACAGAGGUAGGUGGAUCUCUGAGUUCAAGGCCAGCCUGGUCUAUAGAACAAAUUCUAAGACAGUCAGCCAGGGCUACUCGGAGAAACCCUGUGUACUGGGUGGUUUUGUGUGUCACCUUGACACGAGUUAGAGUCAUCAGAGAGGAAGGAGCCUCAGCCGAGGAAAUGCCUCGACGAGAUCCGGCUCUAAAGGCAUUUUCUCCGUCAGGGCAGGAGGCCCAGCCCAUGGUGAGUGGUGCCAUCCCUGGGCUGCUGGGCCUGGGUUCUGUAAGAAAGCAGCCUUAGCAAACCAUGGGAAGCAAGCCAGUAAGCAGCUCCCUUCCAUGGCCUCCGCAUCAGGUUCCUGCCUUGUUUGAGUUCCUGUCCUGACUUCCUUCCCUGGUGAACAGCAAAGUGGAAGUAUAAGCCAAAUUAACGCUUCCCUCCCCAGCUUGCUUUUUGGUCGUGGUGUUUCGUUGCAGCAAUAGAAACCCUAAAUAGGACACCCUGUCCCGAAGAGAAUUUUAAAAGGUAAACAGUAUUGCGUUUGUUUGUGUAGGCGUGGGUGGCAUGUACCAUAUGGAGGUCAGAGGACAGCUUGCAGAAGUCAGUUCUUUCCCUCUGCUAUGUAGGCACCAGCAGACUUUUGUGAGACUUAAUCAGAUAAUGAUUUUCCAUAUGACAGCAAAAACAAAAAUAGACAGGGGGCUACAGUCAACUGAAGAGACUCGAAAGAUUGGACAGUCUGGCAGCAGAAAGAAAAAAACAAACAGAAAGGAGUUGAGACAGGAUCUCACUUUAGCCUUAGCUGGCUUGAGAUUUACUAUGUAGACCAGGCUGGCAUUGAACUCACAGAGACCCGCCUGCCUUUGCCCCCUGAGUCAUGGGGUGGCACUGCCAGUUUGUGAGUUUAAGGCCAGCCUGGGCUGCAUAGUGAGAUUCUGCCUCCGAUAAACAAACAACAAAAGAAAAUUCAAGCGAGUUGUAAAAUUGGGCAAAUAGGCACUUUUCAAAAGAAGUGGUGAAAUAUAUAUUAUACAUUUUUAUUUAUACAUUUUUCCUAUAUACAUUAAUAUUAAGCGUUUAUAAUCAUAUUGAUUAUAUAUAAUUAAUAUAUAUUAAUACUUAGUAUGAUUAGCCAUCAAGGAUAUAUAUAUAAUCAUUGUCCUGUCAUUUCACCCCAAUUAGGAUAUUUACUAUUUAAAAAAGUAAAAAACCCUGCUGUAAGGCUGUGGGUAAAAGGACCCACCCGCAACGUUGGCAGGGCAAGUAGACUAGACCAGCCAUCCUAUAACAGUGUGAGCAGGCCCUCAACUGAAUGGAAGAGCCAACACUUGAGCGAGCUCUCCCACCUGGUAUCGAAGAAAAUGAUACCAGAAAGGUGCCCACACACCAUGGAUGGGCUUGACCCCAAGGUUCCAAUAACUAAUUGACGCACAGGGUUCCAGAAGCAGGGCAAGUUCUUCCGGACAACCACUAUGAGGUGCCCUCAGGCUGGGGCUCGAAGUGUCCACCAUACUCUAGAAGUUUCUGUAAAGAUUGCAUCUGUCCCGCUGAUUGGCUGAGGCUUUGCAAUCUAAGUGGACACCUGACUGCCACUCUGGCCUCUCCCUUGCCUCUCAGUCCUGCUGGAGGAAUUCGGAUCACCCACUGGGACUGGGACCCUAUAAGCAUGAUUCAAAGGCUGACCCGGUUCUCAUGUCAGAACCUGAAGUCUUGGGACAGAUACAAAACAAGGCCAGCCACUUCCUCUUGACCUGCUUGUUCCUGAGGCCUCCAGGAUGUGACCUACCCAGACAGGGGCUGUGGGGAGAGGCAGGACUGUUGCUGGGUGUGGGGAACAUUUCAUAAGGUAAGAUCAUCGAGUUCUGGCUACCCCCAAGCUUAAGCCUCAGCCCUUGCCACUGUCUGCAGAGGCUCCCACUUGUGAAAGCCCACAUCCUCCUUGUAUAUGCUCUGCCUCCAUCCAAGCAGUGUCGCUCAGAACUGUGUUCAGAGGGCAAAAGAAGAGGGCUGGAGCGGAGCCAGUCUGCCAGUCUGCCUCGGCUUCCCAGAGCUGCUUUCUGGCUGCCCACCACUCCCCUCCUCGGGCCAGAAUGUUCAGCCUUCCAGCAUAGACACCACCUCCACUCUGCAGCCUGGAUAAUGGGCAUGUCUGUCUAUGUUCCCCUGCGCUGGCUUCCCCACCUUUCCACAAAGUAUCCCAUUUGGUACCCUUUGAAGGCAUCAGUACUUCCGCUAGCUUCUGGGGCAUUAUGGGAAAAUGUGGUGCUUUCAAUGAGAAUGGGCCCCAUAGGCAUAUAUAUUUGAUUUGAUUUGACUUUUCUUUUUAAAGACAGGGUUUCCUCUGUGUAGCCUUGGCUGUGCUGGAACUCGCUCUGUAGACCAGGCUGGCCUCAGACUCAGAGAUCCGUCUGCCUCUGCCUCUGCCCCUGCCUCUGCCCCUGCCUCUGCCUCUGCCUCUGCCUCUGCCCCUGCCCCUGCCCCUGCCUCUGCCUCUGGAGUGCUGGGGUUGAAGGUGUGCACCACUGCUUCACAGCACAGGGCUCAUAUAUUCUGAAUGCUUUAGUCACCAGAGUGGAACUUGUAUGGGAAAGAUUAGGAGGUGUGGCCUUGUUGGAGGAGGUGUCACUAGGGGUGGGCUUUGAGGUUUCAAAAGCCCAUGCCACCAGACCCAGCCCACCCCCUUUCUCACCCCAACCCUCCUGCCACCGAACUCUGAAACUAUAAA